CACAACAGCUGUUCGCUCAGUUCUUAUUCAGUAGAUAGACAACAACCGACCGGCACUUACGUAAUCCCGUGUUUGAGAUUAAAAUGAAUUUCGCUGGCAAAGUUGUCCUUAUUACAGGAGCUAGUAGUGGAAUUGGUGCGGCCACGGCCCUCAAAUUGUCGCAAUUGGGUGCUUCCUUAGCUUUGACCGGAAGAAAUGUCGAGAACCUCAACAAGGUGUCCAAAGAAUUGGCCGUCGGAACAAACACUCCUUUCAUUAUACCUGGAGACAUAACCCAAGAAACGGACACCAAGCGUAUUCUGGAGGCAACAAUAUCUAAAUUUGGUAAGCUCGAUGUGUUGGUCAACAAUGCAGGUAUCAUCGAGACCGGAACGAUCGAAACUACUUCCUUGGAACAAUACGACCGAGUGAUGAAUACAAACAUACGAUCCAUCUACCACUUGACAAUGCUGGCCGUCCCACAUUUGAUCAAAAGUCAAGGUAACGUAGUCAAUGUGUCCAGCGUUAAUGGAAUAAGAUCUUUCCCGGGAGUGUUGGCUUACAACAUAUCGAAGAUUGCAGUCGAUCAGUUCACGCGUUGCGUUGCCUUGGAAUUGGCUUCAAAGAAUGUUCGGGUAAAUUGUGUCAAUCCUGGCGUCACAGUAACUAAUCUUCAUAAACGAGGCGGAAUGGACGAGGCAACCUAUCAGAAGUUCUUGGAACAUUCAAAAAAUACCCACGCCAUGGGACGACCCGGAAAGGCUUCGGAAGUUGCCGACGCCAUAGUUUUCUUGGCUAGUGACGCCGCAUCAUUCAUCACUGGUGCCAGCUUACCCAUCGAUGGAGGACGCCAUGCAAUGUGUCCCAGAUAGAUACGUAUUCAAAACUUCGGGAGAUCUGUUACUGGUUUAUUGAAACCCGAAGGAUUAUCCGCAUAUUUUAACUGUCAUGCAUUUACAUUAAUGUUGAAUAAAAUCUUUUUUUCUUUUUA